ACAGCCUGCACGCUUGACAAGUGCGCCUCCCCCCUCCGUGCCUCGUUUGACAUCCCCAUCGUCAUAGGCUUCGCCUCUGGCUUUUUUUUUUUUUUUUUUAAGGCCACAGCUCAACGCCAGCCACAGAUUACCCAUUCUGCUCACACGCAGGCACGGAAGCAGAAAGGAGAGACGCAGGGAGAAACAGACGCGCACACGAAAGAUUUUGCGCGCAAUCGGCGCCAGGCAGAAGACGAGGAGACUGCUGGAUCUAUUCGUGCUCAUUGAAGCAUUUUUCCUCCACUGCAAAGUUGAAGACUCCCUUGGUUAUCAGUCGCGUCACUGGUCGUCUGCGGUGAUAACUUUGCGCACCUGUGGAUGCCGCAAACGCCUGCUUGAUGCUCGGACUCCAGUCGUUGAUACAUCGCGGCUUCUUCAGUUAAUAUCCAGUCAUCCAUCCCACGCCUGCACCAUGCUACCGAGUGUAGCUCUCCUGGUGCUGCUCUUCGUCCCAAGCUGCGUUGCGUCGUACGUGCCGUGCGAGCCGUGCGACCAGAAGGCCCGUUCCAUGUGCCCGCCGGUGCCGGUGGGUUGUCAAGCGGUGAAGGAGCCCGGCUGCGGAUGCUGCCUGACGUGCGCGCUCGAGGACGGCCAGUCUUGCGGCGUGUACACGGGGCCGUGUACUCGCGGGCUGCGAUGCCUUCCCAAAAACGGCGAGGAGAAGCCUCUGCACGCCCUCCUGCACGGCCGCGGCGUUUGCAGAAACGAGAAGUUGUACAAACUGCUGCAGCCUUCUAAAGAUUCCAUGAUGCCCCAAACCAAGGUGCCCAUUUAUGGACGGGACCACAUCAGCAGUCGGAAGGCCCAGGCGAUGAAGCAGGCUAAGGAUCGCAAAAAGCAGCUAGCCAGGGUGGGACCCAAUAGCAACUUGGACUUCCCUCUGCACGGCCUGGAGAAAUUGGAGCCUCAGUUUGGGCCCUGCAGGAGACGUCUGGAUCACCUGGUUCAAAGCAUGAAGGACACAUCUCGGGUCUUGGCUCUAUCUUUGUACAUCCCCAACUGUGACAAAAAAGGUUUCUUCAAGCGCAAACAGUGCAAACCGUCCCGCGGCCGCAGGAGGGGGAUAUGUUGGUGCGUGGAUCGCUUCGGUGCCAAGAUCCCAGGCAUAAACUACGCCGGUGGUGACUUGCAGUGCAAAGACUUGGACAGCAGCAGCAACAGGAACGAGUGAGGUUGAAGUUUCGCCGUCACACGUGAUGAGUGCCAACUCGCAGUCUGAUUUGUCACUGUGUGGUCGUGAUGGACUGUUCUGACUUUAAAAGGGAAACAAACUGCUUGUACAUACUCUAACUGUGGUUUUAAACGGACUGUGUGUGUGUGUGUGUGUGUGUGUGCGUGAUAACUCCUUGAUGUGCUCACCAUUAGCAAACAUAAGAGGGAUGAUUUCCAUGAUUUCUUUAUUUUUGGGCUUUUAAUGUUUUGUUUUUUUUUGCUUAUAUGCGCCAACCACCCUUACUACGAUCAAGCAAAAUUAUACGUUGCUAUUUCCAAGCAAAAAUACCAAAAAUAUAAUGACGAAUUAUAAGGAUAGACAGAUUAAUAUGUCAUCGUAAAAUGUGGUGGCAGAAAGGAAAGUGGACCUUAGACCAGCUAAAAGCAGGUCUAAUUUGCGGCGCAGGUGGUCUAUUUUGUGUGUCUGUGCCGUGCCCUUCGAAAAAAGCUCAUCUUUUGGGACCUGCAUGCAAAUGAUAUGUAAAGGCCUGAUGUGGUAUGUAUGCAUUCGUCUGUGAGCAUCAGAGUUGAAGCAAAUCCACCUGGCUGCACUGAGUUCGUAUGGAAAUCUAAGUGCCUUUGGCCACAUGGCAAUUUGCAUGGCGCUUGGGGUAGGUGAAUCCAAGGUGGAGAUCGAUAGAUGGGGAACGAUUUGAUCAGAGAUGGCGCUACACCGUCACAAAGCCCCCCCCCCCGUUAAGCCUGUCAAGCAGUUUAUCUGAUUAAUGUAUUGAUACAUUAUUUUCUCAUAUCGGGCAAGCACCUCCUGGAGUUGCUGAUCCUGGGUUUGAUUUGAUGUUUUUUUCCCCCCCAUCACCUUCUUUGUGUUUAUUUUAUGACAAUGCAUCAUGCCUUGCAAAAGUCAAUUGAUGGGUUUAUAAUUGUAAGCCUGUCCCCCUCCCGUCCAUCGAUUCAGGCGUGCGUACAAUGUGGCAAAUAAAAGAAAUUGACUAUGAUGUGAACAUAGUAAAAAUAUUUAUCACUUGUGUCGUUCAUGUACUCGUUUUUUGUAAGACAAAUCACUAUUUAAUUAAAGAACCUGUACUCUGGAAAAGCAA